CCCACCUCCCCCGUCCUCGUCUCGAUCCGCCCCUUUUUCUCGUUCGAAUCCAUUGGAGCCCACGAGGUCUCCCGUAGCCAUAACCCCUCCACUCACGCGGAAGAUUCUGCCGCGCCCAGCACCUCACUCUCGCUGCAUCUUCUUCUUCUUCUCGCAGGCUUUUCGCUUCUUCUUCCGUCCGUGCAAGAACCUCCGCCGUUCGUGGAGCUUCCGGCGCCGGCCGGCGGACAAAGGCAACCGGCCGGAGGUUCUUGCAAUCAAUCUUGCAUUGAUCUCGCAGAAUUUAUUACGGAACUCAAUCUCGUCGAAAUCCGCGAUCUUCAUUUUCCUUGGAAUCCGUGCAUGUUUGUUUGACUUCCUGUCUCCACCGGCCCGAAGGAAGAAGGUUCGCUGUCGGAAAAAGCCGCCAUGUCUCGCCUUGCGCGGCGGAAUCCUCCGACCCCGACGGAGCCAGCGGCGAGGAAGGCCAAGAGGGCCCCGUCCAGCCUGCUGCUGCGCAUCUCUGACAUCUGCAAGGUGCAUUCCGUCGGCGUCGCGCCGACCGUCCAUGAGAAGCCCAAGACCGACGCCACCGGCACCGGCACGGCCACCGGCGAGAGCAGCGAAGACGGCGCGCACCUCAAAGUCCACCCGCACCAGGCGUCGUCCUCCGACAACAACGACGAGUGCCUAACUGAGAGCUCCUCCGCCUGCUGCGAGGAAGAGGUAGUCGAGAAGCUCCUCGACGCGAUUUCUUGCCUGAAGGUGGCCUAUGUCAAUCUUCAGAACGCUCAUGUGCCGUAUGAUCCUGAAGAGAUCGCGAUCGCCGGCGACCGUUUUGCGUCGGAGCUUGAAGAGGCUGCCAACUUGCAGGAUUUGUAUGUGAAUAUGAACGAAUGGAGCAACCCGAGGUAUCUGUCUCAUAUAAGCUCUAGAAUUCAGGAGUAUCAGGACUUGGUGAUGGACCUGCAGGCUGACAUCUGCAAGAAAGACUCUGAAAUCGGUUGGCUACGGCCCGAGCUGGACGAGCUGGAGAGGAAGAACAUGGAACUGGAGGAGAAGAUUGGCCGUAAUGGGUCGUGCAGAGAAGGAUGCUUCACAAUAAGGAAGGGGGUGUCGACUGAGGUGUUCAUGGAUCUAUAUGAGCGUUCGUCGAAGGUUAUCCAUGAUUUUGCAAAAUACAUCUUUGAUUUGACAAAAGUUUCAGGAUGGAACCUCAGCCUAUCCACAUUUCCAAUCGACAGUCAAGUUGUAUAUGAGAGAAGGGCUGACAAGAAGUAUGCUGUUGAGGCCUAUUUUGCUUGCGUGAUGCUUAUGGGGGAUAGACAUGACCAUACAUCCCUGGAUUCAGUUGACCGUAUCAUGAGUUUCAAAGAUCCAUUUGAUGCUCUGAUGACUGAUCCAGAUUCUAGUUUCGGGAGAUACUGCAGAGCAAAGUAUCUAGUUGCUGUGCCCCAGAGUAUGGAGGAUUCCUUCUUUGGAAACUCGGAUCACAGAGCAUUUGUCGAGAGCGGCGGUCAUCCAAGGACGCCAUUUUACCAGAAAUUUGUGAGGAUGGCAAGAUUUACAUGGGCACUACUCGCAGCUGCUCGUGCUCUGAAUCCCAGAGCUGAAAUGUUUUAUGUCAAGACUGGUGUUCAGUUUCGGAAGGAGCACAUGGAAAGUACUCCAGCCAAGAUUAUCAGAGAAGAGAAGUUCAGUGUUGGGUUUACGGUCAUACCGGGGUUUAAGAUUGGGUGCACUGUCAUCAGAUGCAGGGUAUACUUGUGUAAGGUUAACGCAAUGGACUUCUGAACACAUCAUAUGACAACCAUUUGGUAAGCAAUCAAUUAGCUA